AUGCAUAAUAUGCCUCAUAGAAUUGAUUUAAAUGACGAAAAACUCUAUCCUAACGGUACUGUGGUUGGAAAAUAUAAUUAUGUCGAUAAAGAGGGAAAUCCAGUGCAAGUAAAGUACUACGCGGAUGACACAUGUUAUGGUGUUGAAUUGAAGAGUAUGAAAGUUUUAAAUACAAAUAUUGAACCGAAUUCAGUUCCUGCAGAGAAACAAGCAAAUAUUGAUAACGUAUUUCAAACGUUGGAUUCUUCUAGUAAUUCUUUGCCAGAUAUUUACAACAGCAUGAGCUAUCCUACAACUACAAACAAAUAUAAAUACCUUCAGCUUGGUGAUUUAAACAGAGAUAAAGACAACAAGGGAAAUCAUAAAACCUCAUCUGAUUAUGAGAUCUAUUUGCAAAACGAACUGCAAGCACCAAAAGAAAAGUGUGGAAAAGAUAAAGUACGUAUUUACAUUGAUAAAGGUAAACGCAAAAUUCGUGAAGUUUUAAAUGAUAUCGCUACGUUUAAAUAUUCAGAACAAUUUUGA